AUGUAUUAUAGUAAUUACAAAUCUACAUAAUCCCGCUUAGAUAGUUCUGCAUUAAGAAAUAAACUUGCUUAAUCCAAAGAAUAACCUAAGAGCUCACCAAAGUCUUAUUAAUAAUAACUCCUAAAGAGAUUUUACCUAUCACAGAAUCUGAGUAAAUUGCUCAAUCAAGGUUAAAAGAAAAACUCGAUUAAUAAAGAAUUAGUUUCAACUACUAAACAUGCGAAUUCAACGCCAAGGAAUGCCACUCCUAAAACCAAUCGUGUUAAUUAGCAAUAUUAUUUCGCAAAACAAAAUAAAUAGUAAACAACUCUUCGCUUAUCUGAGUAAAUCAGUAAAACAUUACAAACAAUGUUCAAUACACCAAAUCAUAAUAUGAAUAAGGAUUAUUCACAAUCAAAAUUAAAUUAUACAAACACAGAUAGAAAAUAUAAUAUAAAUUGCUUGGAUUCUAGUAAAAUAAUUCAGAAACUUAAAACUGAAAAUGCAGAAUACAGAGUAACCACUGAGAGAAAUGAAAAUAACCACAAACAUCUUAGUUUAGAUGAUUUCAUCACUUAAGUGUCAAAACCAGGAUAUUCAAAAUCAAAGUUUGGGAUAUCCACUUUUAAAUAAGCCAAAUCCUUGUCUCCAACUAAUAGGGUGUUUUCAAUCCAAAGAUACAACGUUUAUUAUGUUUCAGCCAUGUUCGAGUCAAUGAGAAAUUGCACCAAUUAGAUAAGCUAAAUAUUUAAAGAUCAUGCCAUUUAAACUUUUAAUAGCAUUGAUUUUUGUUUGAAUCAAUAGGAAAAGGAUCUGAGUCAUUUGCAAUAGAAAAUGGUCCAGUGGCCCAAGAAAAAUACUUAAUUUAAUAAAACAAUUGUUUUUGAUCUGGACGAGACAUUAAUACAUUGCAAUGAGAGUAAUACAAGUAGGUCAGAUAUCUCGUUGCCAAUAACGUUCCCCUCUGGCGAUAUUGUAUAAGCUGGAAUUAAUAUAAGACCUUGGGCUAGGGAGAUUCUGUAAAAAUUAUCAGAGGUUUGCGAAGUUGUCAUCUUUACAGCAUCACAUCAAUGUUAUGCAUCAUAAGUUAUUGAAUCCAUAGAUAAGAAUAAAGUAGUAUCAGCGACAUUAUUCAGAGACAAGUGCAUUGUUACGAAUGAAGGAGUUCAUAUAAAGGAUCUCCGAAUCUUAGGAAGAGACAUGAAAGACAUAGUCUUGGUUGAUAAUGCUGCUUACAGUUUUGGAGUGCAUAUUGAAAAUGGAAUACCAAUCAUACCAUAUUAUGAUAACAAAGAAGAUAAAGAAUUAAGAUAAUUGUAUGAUUUUCUGAUCACUAAUGUUCUUCCUUCAUUUGAUUGUAGAAAAGUCUUACAACAAACAUUCCGAUUAAGAGAAUUUGUAAAUUAUAUAAGUCCAAAAACUGCUAUUGAUAAACUCUAUUGUUGA